UCCCUCUCAAUAAACCCAAAUAUCAAUCCCUCCAAAAAUCCAAACCACUGCUCCAGACCCCAGUUAUGGAUUUCACAUUCCACACAAGCACCAGAACCUUCUUCAGAUUCACCACCAACCACAUCCCCUUCCUCCUCCCCCUCCUCCUCUUCUCAUUCUUCUCCAAUCCCAAUCCCGCCGACGCCUCCAUCCAUAUCUACCACCGCGACCUCUUCCGCGAAGUCGGCAACUCUUUCCUCCUCUCCGGCGGCAGCGAAGGCAUCGCCGCCUCUCCCUCCUCCCGCUCUUACAUCCGAUUUGAGAAUAUCACGUUCUGGAGGACGGAAGCGGCGGCGGACAGGAAGCACAGCAAUGGGCUGGUCCAGGUCGUCAUUUUCGAAGCGGCCGAUCGGAAUAAUAUCGGCGGCUCUGCUUAUGGAGGGCAGAGAUCUAUAUGCUGCACCGCUGAUCUUGCGAAGAUGGAAGGUUGUAAGCAAGGUGAAGUGAUUAGGAGACCUUCUGCGGCAGAUGCUAAUUGGCCCAUUGUGUUGAAUGUGAAGUUUAGGAAGAAGAGUAUGUCUACUGCUAUGGAUUAUCAGGAGAUUUCCAUCACCAAGACUGGGAUGUAUAACUUGUUUUUCGUAGCGUGUGAUCCGAAGCUGAAGGAGUUGGUGAUGAGUGGGAAGACGGUGUGGAAAGGCCCUGAUGGUUAUCUGCCUGGUCGAAUGGCUCCAUUGAUGAAGUUUUACGUGUUCAUGGCGCUUGCUUAUGUGGUCAUUGGUGUCAUUUGGCUUGUUCAGUAUGUGAGGUUUAGGGAGGAUAUUCUGCAACUUCAGCAUUGCAUUACGGCUGUAAUUGUGCUUGGAUUGUUUGAGAUGGUGCUUUGGUAUUCCGACUAUGUCAAUUUUAACAACACAGGGAUGAGGCCUGUUUUCCUUACGACAUUGGUUGUGACUGUUGGAGCUGUGAGAAAAACAGUUUCCCGCCUACUUAUCCUCACUGUUUCUAUGGGCUAUGGUGUAGUGCGGCCUACUCUUGGGGGUCUUACCUCCAAGGUUCUUCUGCUUGGGGCAACUUUUUUUCUGGCCACAGAGUUGCUUAAUAUUACCGAGUAUGUUGGGACGAUUAAUGAUGUAUCAGGACGAGCGAGAUUGUUUCUAGUUCUUCCUGAUGCUUUCUUGGACGCAUUUUUAAUCUUGUGGAUUUUCACCUCUCUAGCAAAAACACUGGAACAUCUACAGACAAAGAGAAGCUCUGUCAAGUUGGAUAUGUACAGGAAAUUCUCAAAUGCAUUGGCAGUGACAGUCAUUGCCUCAGUUGCGUGGAUAGCUUAUGAGGUGUACUUCAAAGCCACAGAUCCCUUCAAUGAGAAGUGGCAUAGUGCUUGGAUCAUCACUGCUUUCUGGGAUAUUCUUUCAUUUGCAUUGCUCUGUGUGAUCUGCUACUUGUGGACACCAUCUCAGAACUCUCAACGGUAUGCAUACUCAGAGAAGGUAGGUGAAGAAUCUGAUGAUGAAGAAUGUCAGUCUCUAACGGGGGGCAAGCCGGAGGGUGAUAUCGGCUUAGUCAAUCAAGAAGCGAAGAGUGUUGAAAGCACUGGAGAUUCUGAUGAAGAGGACAUAGAAGAUAAGAAAGAAUGAUGAUUCAAUGACAUUACUCUUCCAUUGCUCACGAUCUUACUCUAUAUACGAAGCCCAUGGAGAAUGUGAUUGAAUGUCUGCCCCUUGAUUAACUUCUAUGUGCUAAGCGACAACCCUUUGUCCCACUCAAUGGCUUCCGAAGAGGUGUUGUAAAUUUUUUGCUAUUUCCUACUUUCAAAAGGCUGCCUGAUUUCAUAUCCUUGCCUGCAAAGCUAAUUUUUCAUGGAUCUUUCUUUCAUUGUGUAUGUAAACUUAGGUUAUCAACCUCAUUUUGUGAGUAGAUGAAUCAUGAAAAAGAAAACGCCGUGUAUUGUGUAAAGCUCACCACAUUGUUAUGAUGAUAGAUCCCGUACCAUGUCACUUUCUUGAUUCUUCACUA